AUGGCGGCAGCUGCGCCGCCUCUCUCUGGCAACAGCGUUCCCCUCUCCAGCGAUAAUGUUUCUUUCGCAGAUACCAUGGACGUUCACACUGAUCACCGUGUUGAUGGCGACGGGAACAUGAACGUCGAUACCAGCUCGGAGCGUGCUCUGGACCGGCGAGACGAUGACGACUUAUCCCUCCAAGAUGCUGGGACAGAUGGUGACGCCGACAUCCGUACCGCCACAGAAGACCAAGAUGAUUAUAUGGUUGAUAAUGAUGACCUUAUUGACUAUGACGAUGCCGAUUAUGAUCUAGUCUUAGAAGACGCGGGCGACGCUUCUGUCGGGAGCCUCGCCGACGCACAAGAUGAGGCAACAGUCCCAGUCAACCUAGCAAAUUCCGCGGACGCCCCAGGCACUGUCUUCGACGAGGAUCUCAUAGACUAUUCGGAUGAUGAAGAUCAGCCGCAAGAGUCAUUUGAAGCUGUUGCGAAUGUUGAAGUAUCAGAACAGCAGCAUGUCAGUGCUGUCCAACCCCCGAGUCCUCCACAUGUACCCGCAGAUGACCUUCACAAUGACUCCACAGCAGAUGAAGGCGCGGACAAUGCAGCAGAUGUGUAUGCGGAUGAGGGCGAGGGGGCAGCUCACCAGGAAUGGCCUCAGACUUGGGGCCAGGGUGAGGAAGAACAAUGGGACCAGCCGCAGACCGAUGCUACUUAUGCUGAAACCGCACAAGCGGAUGAAGACGAAGGUCAGGCUGAGGAGCAGCAACAACAGGGUGGCCUGUCCGGUGAUUCGCAUGAGCCCAGCGCUGUUGCACAAAAUCAUGAAGUUGAUAAAGACCCAAACACAGAUGUGGAUACCACCGAAGACGGCAAGGAUGCGAACGCACGCUUCCCGCCACAGGGACCUCAAGACGAAACAGUGGACCCAUCCUAUUCCGAAGCUGACAAUGUUGACGCUGGACCUACACUUCAAAGCGGCGCUCUCUACCCUGUAACCGUCAAUUACAACGGGGCCGAAUCAUGGUUGUUCAAGCCUCGGGAUUUCGAUACUGAUGAUUGGCUUCUGGAAGACGAAUCUAUUGCUAACGAACCCUUUCUAUACCUCAUUCAUGCAUGCAGAGCCAAGCUGAAUGACCAGCUGGGUAAUGAGACAGAAUUAGGACUACGAUUCGAUAGCUUCCAGGGUUUGGAAUUGUACGAAGAUUGUACAGCCUGUGCCUACUCGACCUUGAACGAGUUCCUCGACAUCUACACUACCUUGCACUCCCAGGAUGACCAGACCGACCCUGAACCUUUCUAUGUCACACUGCAAUUCCGCCCACGGGUCUCGGCUCUUGUCAGCGACCUCAAAAAAGCCGUCCAAGAAGGCAUUGGCUUUUCAGGACUGCGUCGAGCCAUUGAUGCAGGCCUCAACCAUUUCAGUAUGUUGUCGUCUGGCAACUAUGUUGAUGAAUACAAUGAGCAGUGGGAGGAAGAAGGCGAAGGCGAAGUCGAGCACGAAGAAUAUCAUGCCAGCGAAGGUGAACACGAGGAACAAUAUACUGGCGAAGGCGAACAGAAAGAUCGGUAUGCGGGCGCGGACGAGCAGGAAGAUCAGUAUGCAGGCGCAGACAAAGAGGAAGAUCAAUAUGAAGCUGAAGGCGAAGGCGAAGGCGCAUACGAACAGGAGGAUGAAGUCUAUGGCCAAGAGGGAGUGGCAUUAGAAGAAGAUUUCGAAGGUGCUGAGAGGACAGGCCAGGUUCCCGAACAAGGCAAUGGAGAACCCAGCCAUGAUUUAGUAGAAGCGGAAGAUGCGGAUGCAGACCAGCUCCCUCAGCAACCCGCAACCCAUGGUACCGACGCUGAUGUAAUUCAAAAGGAAGAGACGCCCUCGAAAGCGUCUGCGAACGCUACGCCGGGUCCCCUGGCUACCAGCCGUACCCCAGAGACGACAGCUCACUAUGAUCAAGCAGACGACGACUACAUUGAUUACAGUGAUGAUGAGGAGGAAGAUGUGAAACAGAGUGAUCGUCGUUCAGCUCGCGAAACCUCCUCUACUUCAGCUACCCUCCGCGGAGAUGAACCGUCUGAUGGUGAGAGGUCUACUAAUCUAUUGGAGCCCAAUACAGAGGAUGGACACCAAGAUCUGCCGCACACGGGUGAUGAGGGGGUCCAAAGUACGACAGUUCACGCUGAGGAAGCCUUCCCUGCCGAGUAUGAAGAUGUCGAGCAAGGUGACCAAGCCGACUCGGAGUUUGUACAGCCUGAUAAUGGCGAGGAAGAGUUUGAAGAAGGCUUCGAAGAGGAAGACGAGUAUAAUGCCUUCGACUUCGAGGAAGACGAACACGGUGGUGCAGAGAGCACAUAUGCCGACGGGCAGAGCUACCCCAGCGAUCAAGGAGAAGGCGAAGCUGGGCAGCCCUACGGCACAUUCCAGCAAGCUGUCGCGAACGAGGAUGAGACUGACUUCAACGACGUCGACGAUGAGUUUGGUGCUGAACAAACCGAUCAGCCUGUGGUACAGCCAGGCAGAGUCGACGAUGAGUUCGACCUCGACUUCGAUGAUCAAACGGCCAUGACCGAGCCAGUGGAAGUUAUUGCGACCGUGGCAGCGCUGUCCAAAGCCGCUCCAUCCGCUGGACUUAAUGACCUUGGUUCACCUCAAGGACAGAAAAGGCCAUUGGAUGAAGUUGAUGGCGGCCUUGAUGGUGCCGGCGAUCCAACGGACGCAAAGAAGAUGAAAGUGUAA